AAAAAAGCCUGUUCCCCUUUCCUGCAGCCCUGGGGCGGGGUUGCGUGGGGGAGGAGGGAAGUUGGCAACAGGAAGUGAGGAGAGGAGUAAAGAAGACUGUGAGGGGAGAGUUUGUAAAAAGCAGCCAGGGGGAACUGGGGUUCUACCCCAGUACCAGGGUCACCCUGGCCCAGAGCUGAUGAAACCUGGCUCCAUGGAAGAGACAGAGACUUUGAUUAGAGACCGUGGUGCCCUACAAUCUCAGGAAUGGCUCGAUUCACAGGAGGAGAAGUCAGGCCUACUCAACAUGACCAAGAUUGCCCAAGGAGGGCGCAAACUCAGGAAGAACUGGGGCCCUGCUUGGGUGGUGUUGACUGCUAACAGCCUUGUGUUCUACCGGGAGCGGCCACCGCAGUCUGCACCCUCCCAAGGCUGGGCGCCAGCUGGGAGCCGGCCGGAAAGUAGCGUGGACUUGCGAGGGGCGGCCCUGGCUAAUGGGCGCCACCUGUCCAGCCGCAGAAACGUCCUGCACAUCCGGACGGUCCCCGGCCAUGAGUUCCUGCUGCAGUGGGACGAGGAGACCGAGCUGCGAGCCUGGCACCGCGCGCUGCGGGCCGUCAUCGAGCGGCUGGAUCGGGAGAACCCCUUGGAGCUGCGUCUAUCGGGCUCCGGACCCGCAGAGCUGGCGGAGCUGAGCGCUGGUGAGGACGACGAAUUGGAGUCGGAGCCGGUGUCCAAGUCACUACUACGGCUGAGCAGCCGCAGAACUUCCAGUCGGUGUACGGAGGGCACUGAGCAGAAGAACCGCGUGCGCAACAAGUUAAAGCGGUUGAUCGCCAAGAGACCAACCUUGCAGAGCCUUCAGGAGCGCGGCCUGUUCCGAGACCAGGUUUUUGGUUGCCAGUUGGAAUCACUGUGCCAACGGGAAGGGGACACCGUGCCCAGCUUUGUCCGGCUUUGCGUUGAGGCUGUGGAUAAAAAAGGUCUAGAUGUGGACGGCAUUUACCGGGUGAGUGGGAACCUGGCAGUGGUCCAGAAACUCCGAUUCCUGGUAGACAGAGAACGGGCAGUAACCUCCGAUGGGAGAUACAUGUUCCCAGAGCAACAGGGACAAGAAGGCAAAUUAGAUUUAGACAAUGAUGAAUGGGAUGAUAUUCACGUGGUCACGGGAGCCUUGAAGCUUUUUCUCCGCGAGCUGCCACAGCCUCUGGUGCCUCCACCACUGCUGCCUGAUUUCCGUGAUGCCCUUGAACUUUCUGAGCCAGAGCAGUGCCUCUCUAAAAUACAGAAAUUAGUAGACUCGUUGCCGAGGCCCAACCAUGACACUUUGCAGUAUAUCCUGGAGCACCUAUGCAGGGUGAUAGCACACUCCGAUAAGAACCGCAUGACUGCUCACAACCUGGGGAUCGUGUUUGGACCCACGCUGUUUCGACCUGAGCAGGAGGCCUCUGACAUGACAGCUCAUGUUUUCUACCCUGGCCAGCUGAUUCAGCUGAUGCUCAAUAAUUUUGCCAGCGUCUUCAGCUGACUCGGGCGCGGAUGGGGAGCACGCUUGCCUCCUGUGACCUGU